UGCCUCUGUGGGAAUGUGGAGGCUUGCCUUCCCCGGCCACACCUCGAAUCAAAGCCCGUCUUUCUUGAUACUGGCACCCAGAUCUAAACGUAUCAAGAAAGUUAAGAGAACUUGAGGGAACUUGAAGAAGUGAGGGCUCUAGAGGAACCCAGAAGACUCCUGAGGUGGAGGUGAAGGAGGUGAAGAACCAAAAGGAAGACAAACAUCAGUUGAUUAGGCGUGAGAAAGAUAGGAAAAGUACCCUGAGCAAAGGCUGGCCUGUCUCAACCAGUCUUCCAGUGAAUGUGGCCAUAAAAGCGGUUUCUUCAAUUCCGUACACCUGAGGGCUGCUUCCUGACCUGGGAGACCUAGCUUCUCCACUUUUACUACAGAGUCCAGCAUGUGGAGCUACCUGUUCUUGCUACCAAUCCUCCUAGCUCUAUGGGCUAUCGCUGGCAUCUGGAUUGUUUUUGCAAUUGCCGUGGGUAACAGAUCUGUGGAUCUCCAGAAAGGCUUCCCCUUUAUCAGUAACUGUGGGUCUUAUGCUCCUCAGAGCUGCAUUUUCAGCCAAGUACUCAAUACAGGAGCUGCCCUAGCUAUUUGGAUCUGCAUUGUGCGCUAUCAUCAACUCCGGGACUGGGGCGUAAAAACAUGGCAAAACCAGUUGAUUCUGUGGUCGGGACUUCUCUGUGCCCUGGGAACCUCCAUAGUAGGCAAUUUCCAGGAGAAGAACCAGAAGCCCACACACCUGGUAGGAGCUUUUCUGGCCUUCAUCCUGGGCAACCUGUACUUCUGGCUACAGUUCUUUCUGUCCUGGUGGACGAAGGGCCUGCCCCAACCUGGGCCCCGCUGGAUUAGGCUUCUCCGCCUGAGUUUCUGCAGCCUCUCCACCAUCCUCAUCAUGGCCAUGAUCAUCCUGUACUCCCAAAGGAUGCGUUCUGCCUCUGCUGCCUGUGAGUGGGCGGUGGCCAUGCUGCUCUUCGUGCUAUUUGGAUUCUUUGCCGUGGACUUUUCCAGCUUGCGGGGCUGCACCCUGCACUUAGAGCCCCAACUGGACUGCAGCCUCCCACAGACUCCCACUGAGUCUCCAAAUACACAGAUGUCCCAGAUGCUCUGACAAGGCCCAACACUAUUGGCAGAGGAAGAAA